GAGUACCCGGAGUAUAUGGAGAAUACGUCUAACAAUGAAUUCAUCAACAACUUCCACGGAAAAUGGGCAAGUUCACAGCAGCAACAAACGAAAUACAUGGGAUUAAAUUCAACCCAAGAUAAUGAUGAAUUAUUUGAAGU